AUGGCAGAUCCUGGUAGUUUCAUUAUCCCAUGUUUAUUUGGUAGUUCUUCUGUGAGACACGCGUUGGCCGACUUGGGUGCUAGCAUCAAUCUAAUGCCUUAUUCAGUUUAUUCUAAGCUAAACCUUGGAGAUCCUGUUCCGAUGCGGAUGAGUAUUCAUUUAGGGGAUAGGUCGGUGAAGUAUGCUAGGGGGAUAGUGGAAAAUGUUCUGGUGAAGGUGGAGAAGUUUAUCUUUCCGGUCGAUUUCGUGAUCUUAGACAUGAAGGAGGAUGAGAGAGUUCCUCUAAUUUUAGGGCGACCGUUUCUUGCUAUCGCGAAGGCAUUGAUCGAUGUCUUCGACGGUAAACUCACUCUUCGUGUUGGUAGUGACACAGUUACUUUUGACAUUAAAGAGUCCAGUGCUAGUUAUGAUACGCUUUAUUUCAUCGACUCUUUUAUGUCUCGUGUUGGUGAUAGUCUGCGUAGGUUCUGUGGAGGAGAGCACGAGUUAGAUACCUUAGAGGAGAGUUUAGUAAACCAGGAAGCCGUAGUAGUAGCCCUGGCGAGUGAAACUCCUAAGGAGAGUGAGGAGAGUGUAGAGAAUGGGAUAGUAGUAACUGCAGAAAAGCCUUUGGCUGAGAGACCACCAUCGCUAGAACUUAAGAAAUUACCUGAUCAUAUCGAGUAUGCAUUCUUGGAUGACGAGGCAUGCUUGCCCGGCAUUAUCUCAUCUGAAUUGACAUCCGAAGAGAAGAGGUUGGUAGAUGUGCUUAGGGAUCACAAGCGUGUCAUUGCAUGGAAGCUUGUGGACAUUGAGGGUAUUCAUCCAUCCUUUUGCACUCAUAAAUAUUUUAGAGGACGGUUUCAAACCCGUGGUGCAAUCUCAGAGGAGGUUGAACCCGAACAUGCAGGAGGUAGUGAAAAAGGAGGUGUUGGAGCUUCUUGA